AUGGGGCCGGCGGUGAGGCCGGAGCUCGCGCUGGAUUUGGCUCCGCCGUCCUCCGGUGGCUUCGUCCCCUUGAAAGAGGCGGCGGCGGCGGCGGCGGGAGAGGGGAGGGCGGCGAAGCUGGAGGAGUACGUACGGCGGUUGGAGGAGGAGCGGCGGAAGAUCGAGGGGUUCCGGCGGGAGCUUCCCCUCUGCCUGCUCAUCCUCAACGACAGUCUGUGUUCCGACCAAACCGACGAUCUCCUUAUUCCCGGGAUCUGGGCCUGUCGGAGCGGUUUCUCAGCCGGUUGCUUCUCCUUUCUUGCAGCGAUCGAGGGUGUGCAGGAGGAGCUCGCCGGUUGCAGAGGAGGCGGCGGCGGCGGCGGCGGGCCGGAGCUGGAGGAAUUCAUGCCCGUCAAUGCGAAAUUCGAAGAGGCGGAAGGAGGAGUGAGAGAUGAGAAGGAUUUCAGGGAUAAGGUCAACUGGAUGAGCUCCGCCCAGCUGUGGAGCGACAACUACAGCGCCAACACCUCCUCCACCACCUCCACCACCGUCGCCCCCAACGACGCCAGCAGCAGCAACAGCCAGAAGAAGGGCACAGAGGUAGGUGGGCAAUGCGGCGAGCGACGAGAGACUACUACUUCCUGAACAAUUAUCCCAUAGAUCCUCCUUCUUCCUCGGUUUCUUCUUCUUCUUCUUGGUGGGUUCUUCUUCUUCUUUUCUGAGAUGGGUCUGACAACGUCAGAGAGCGGCGGAGGAUCGAAGCGGCGGCGGCGGCGGAGCCUUCUUGCCGUUUAACGCGAUGACAGGGAAGGAGAAGGCGGCAGCGGCAGCGUUGCCCCCCCCGGAUCUUUCCCUCCUGUCUCCGGCGACGAAGGCCUCAUCGUCGGGCGAGCAUCAACGUUCUGGGGGCUCCAUCUCCAUCUCCAUCUCCAGGGUCAGCAGCAGAGGGACAGGGAUGGCGUCGCCGGCCGGCAACGAGCAGCCGCCGCCGUCUCACCAGGCGGCGCCCAGAAAGCCACGGCGGUGCUGGUCUCCGGAGCUCCACCGCCGCUUCGUCAAAGCCCUGCAGCAGCUCGGCGGCGCCCAAGGUUGUAAGUAAACCCACGAACCUCCCCUUCCUCCCGUCCCACUGGUUACUCCCACUGCAGCGGACUGAUAUCCUUCCCCCUCCGGCAGCUGCCACGCCGAAGCAGAUCAGAGAGCUGAUGAAGGUCGACGGGCUCACCAACGACGAGGUCAAGAGCCACCUCCAGGUGAUUAUUCUCGAUAUCCCCAUCUAGUUCUCACAAGAUUCUCUUCCCCGCGGCUGUAAAAGUGAAGCAAGGAAUCCUUCGUCUCGGAUGAAUGCAGAAGUACCGGCUGCACACGAGGAGGCUGCCGUCGUCUUCCUCGCCGGAGAAGCAUCCGAUGGUGGUGCUGGGGGGGCUGUGGGCGCCGCCGGAGAACUUCCCCCUCGUGAAGCAGAGCACCGGCUCGCCCCAGGGGCCGCUGCACUUGGCAAACGCCGGCGAGGACAGCGGCGAGGAGGAGGACGGGAGGUCGGAGAGUUACAGCUGGAAGGGCCACCUCCAGAGACCUGCCGGCGAGGAGACUGACUGA